AUGGCGUCCAAGUCUAAGGUUCCCUCUGCCUUCUCCAAUGCUGAGCUCGUGCCUUUGGGUCAUUCGAGCUAUCUUCCUGAGCCACCUCUCGAGGAGGAGAAGUUGGCUAUUUGGAAAUCCCAGGUACUCAUUCCCUUUUCAUUGGGCUCGAAACCUCAUGCAUUUUUAGGUCCUUUUGUUCCCCAGUCAUCUGUCGAGUCUUCUUUUUCUGCUGAUGGAGUCUUGGCAUUCUCUUCCAAAUAUAACUUGGACUCUCUCGAGAAUGCCCAAAAAGUAUUUAGAACUAUGCCUCCUGUAACCAAAGACUUAUAUUUGCCUUGGUUAGAUAGAGUUGAAGGUGAAAAACAAGAUAGUUGGAGGGCCAUAGGAAUCUAUGAUGUCAUUCAGUUAUCUAGGUACAAUGUGUCUUACAACUUCCCUAUGAUCAUGAGUUCUCUUUUCUUCUGGGAUCGAGCAACUAGCUCUUUCCACGUGCCUUGUGGUAUGAUUACCCCAACUCUUUUCGAUGUUGCUGCCAUUCUUGGGCUUAGGCCAGCUGGUCCUUCAUUUCGACCAGAUUCUCAUCCCAAAAAUCCUGAUGUAACCCCCAACUUCCAAAAGCUUUCUUACCAACUCUUCAUAACCUUGAAUAUGAAUCGAGAUGGUCCGGUUACUGAUGAGGAGCAUGUUGUUUUUAUGAUGUUUUGGCUUUCCGCCUAUGUUUUUUGCUCAAGAUCGCUUCAAGUACCAAAGACACUGCUUACUUUGGCCCAAUUACUGCACGAAGAGUCUUCAAUAUGCCUUGGGAAGCUUAUCCUAGGGAAUUUGUAUGAGAAUUUAAAUGAGGCCGUAGCUUCAUUUAGGUCUAAUGACUUUCCUUCAGUCAUUAGUGGCCCCUUUUGGCUGCUUCAGCUCUGGCUGAAUGCUAUUUUUGAAGAAAAAUUACAAAGCUCUGAACCACCCAAUACUUCUCGAGAAAUUGAAGGUUUUCGUCUGACUUUCUUGACUACUAACAUAGCCAAAAAACACUAUUAUAAUGCUUUUCGACAAUAUUUCAAUUUUUUCUUAUCUCUUCAAUCUUUCACUCCUCAACUUGCUCCUUUUUCUGCUCGAAAGGUAGGGCAAGUAUGGUUUAAACGCCCUUUUCCUUCGAGAACUCCAAGUGCCCAGUCUGAAGUUUUAAUGACAUGGAGACAAUUUCUUUCAUGUCAACUUCUUUUUUGUAGUUUCACCCAUAGGCCUUAUCAAGUGGUUGCUUACCAACCAAAUCUGGUAGCUCGACAAUUUGGGUUGGGCCAGUUAAAACCUUCUUUUAUGCUAGAGGGGUCAAAUCUCGAUAUUCUUGAAAACGCUCGAAAGAGUAUUGAUGAUUUGAAUAAGGCUAUUAGUUUCUUUCGAAAACGUAGGUCAGAAAUUUCCCCUCUUAAGUUCGAGCCUAUUUUCUACUGUACCAGCACUUUUCAAAGUUGGUGGUCUACUUAUUAUCAUCACCCUGAGAUAUCUAUCGAAGCGUGCAACUAG